CAGUGACAUUUAGCUGUGUUGUUGUUCCGUGAUGUCGAGAUUUAUCACAUUUCUAACCUUUUGAAAUUCAAUUUUAAUAUGAUCAAGGUCUGCAAGAGUAAAAACAAGAAUGGGAAAAGUGAUAGUUAUCAAAUGAAAAUCCAACGAAGCGGACGCACGUUGCUACUUUUGCUUGGAUAUCUUAGAUAUCCUAUCGCAUAUUGAAGUAUUCCUGCACUACACAAUAAUUUAUAGUACUUUUGCAAAUUUGAAUAUUGUACAAUGUCUUCGGUAGUGGAAGAUAUUUGUGAACUAUUAGAUAGUUAUAAUGGUCGCGACAAGGUUGUACGUCUUACAUGCUAUGCCUUUAAAUUGUAUGGUUGUAUUAAAGAAGAAAAAUCAUGGCAAAGUGCAGGAUCAAGACUGUCAAAUGCAAGGAUGAUGUUAAGAUUAUUUGAUGAUAUUCCAAUGAUAAGGCAUACAUACAGUUAUGGACUAGGCAAACAUGAAAGUUCAAAAACAGCAGCAAUUUUGGGUGUGAUGGCAAACAUGGUGGAUCAAGCAUUCUUGCCAGUGGAGAAAGCUUGCUGGCUGUAUGAUGUUGGCAUACUGAAGUUGUCACCAAACACAGCAGACAAAUUAGAAAUAUUUAGCACAGCAUUGUGGGCAGCCAGCUUGUACAUAUCACUUCUACAGACAUUCCGGUCACUUCGGCAUCUUUGGUGGAGUAGAGAUUGUCUCAGCCCCGAAAUUGCAGUAGAAGUCAGAAAAAAACUGAACAUAAACCUAGUUCUUCAAGCUGUUACUGCAGGAAAGUUAUGCUUGGAUAUAACCCAUGCAGUGAGCUGUUUGCCAUCUGGCUGGUUGUGGGGUGAAAAAAUUGGAGGAACAAAAGUUUCGGCUAUUGCUACCACCUCCUCAGUUAUUGGUAUAGCAAUGUAUUUUGCCAAAAAAAGGCUACAAAAAUGAUUAUUGUACAACAUA